UAGCAUGGUUCGUCGUCUUCUUGCGUCCGGUGCUGAUCCAAAUGUUAGAUUAGUGGAAAAGUCGAGGGUUUGUGAAGCCACUGCCAUUGAUACAGCUUCAUAUAGGGGCCGUCUCAAUACGAUAAGUCUUCUGAUAGACUCUGGCGUUGUUACAGAUGGCCCUGGGCGACGUCCGUAUAUUGAGGCAGUCGUCAAGUCGGGACUCAAUGGGCACACGACUACUUUACAACUUUUAGUGUCACAUAGAAGCUGGAUACGAAUGAAGGCGAUCCGUUAGAUAUGGAGAAAAAAAAAUGAGAUCAGGUAUCAAGAGAAACUUUUGUCUCAUUCAGGACCAUUAUCAAUUGUAUAACACCUAUUAACGAAGAGGCAGACGUUCGGUCUGAAAUCGUCAAGUACCUC